AUGAUGUUAAAUCAACCAUUAUUAUUUUUACCAAAUCCAAUUACUACAUUAAAAAUUUUAGGUUAUCAAGGUAUAGAACCAUUUAAAUUUUACCAACCAUUAAUUGCAUUUAAUUGUUUACCAUUAUAUCUAAUUAAUUUAGUUUUAGAUUAUCAAACCUAUUAUUUAAAUAUAAUUGGUGGAGUAAUUGAAAAAAUUAAAUGGUUACCAAAUACCUUAACAAAUUUAAUUUUUAAUAAUUUUUAUAUAAAAACUAUUCAAUUUGCAGGUGAUCUAAAUUAUUAUAAAAGUCAAAUCACUCAAAGUUUUUCAAACUGUCCUUUUGAUAAUUUUUAUAUUAUAUCAAGUUUAAAAUAUUUACAAAUAUCUGAAGUUUAUUACAAAGAUUAA